UGCAAUCCUUUUGAGAUAACAUUAUCAACUCUCUCUCUUUUGUUUUUUUUUUGUUUUUGUUUUUUUGUACUUUCUUUUUUCCGCCGUACCAUUCGCCUUGUCUAUCGGCUGUUAGUUUGCUUUUGCUUCAACGAUGCUCAAGUCUGUUACAGUUGCAUUCCUUCCUUUAAGGCAUUGUCUCAUCAACUUGCCAGCCGCAUGGGCAAAUGCUCUGCUGGAUCAGGGCAAGCUCUCACAAAAUGUUGUCUUAGAGUUGUCAUGGCAGGAAGGAUCAACAGAAAAAAAAUCAUAUGUUGGGUGGAGUGGCGGAGCAUGUAAUAAUGGAAAUGGUUCCACUGGAGCCGCCAAUUCUGCUACCCCAUCACCACCUAGACCACUAUCUGGAGCACAAACUGGAGAUAUGAUUGAAAUGGAUCCUAUGUUUGGGCAGGCAAUGGGCUUGAGGGCUGGUCAAAAGGUUAAUAUCGAGUUUGUAAAAUCAGUUCAGGACGGUAUCUCUGUCAAUGUUGCUCCUUACUCAGAAGAUGACUGGGAGAUCUUGGAACUACAUGCGGGAUAUGUCGAAGAUCAAAUGCUGAACCAGAUCAGGAUUCUGUAUCCCAAUCAAAUCGCCACUAUGUGGAUUAAUGGCCACACUCUUGUCCGUCUCCGAGUCCUCGAUAUCAACCCAGCGGCAAAAUGUGUGAAAUUAGGUGCUAAUGCCGAAGUCAUUGUCGCACCAAUGGUCCGCAAAGCCAAUGGCCUCAGCAAACUAAGCGAAAACCAAGAUCUGUCGGCACAAGUCCAGAAAGUGACGCAAGCGCAAUGCCUACGUGUCUUGGCAUUGAGUGAAGUUCCUGAAGAAUUAGUCCGAAAUAUUACAGGAUCAUCAGGAGCAUCGGGUACAGGACAGGGACAAGGACAAGGAGCGGCUUUUCAUGUAUAUAUUCACCCCGAGAGCUGGAUCGACGCAGAUCUGACCAAUCAACCUGCUUUGCGCAUUUCAAAGGUGGUUUCACCUCAUGCAGAAAAGGCAUCGGAUGACGAGAAUAGAGAUCCCGAAGAUCUGUUGGUAGGCUCUUCUGCUAUCUUUGCCAGAGUUAUAUCAUCUAAGAGUGUUCCAAUUGGUCAUGUCGCCAUCUCUAAGCAAGUUCAGGAUGCACUGGAUGCCGAAAAUUUUGCUAUUGUCAAACUUUCUGAACCACAUAUCCAAUCUGUCCAGAUUUCGAGCAUAACUCUUCGCCCAAUUUCGAGCUCUGGAUCUACGCCUGCAACACCUGCACCGUUAAAACUGCAACCCAAAUCAGCCAACCAUGACUCGGACAAGGCAGCAAAGUCAGCCAACCUAAUCUCGAUUUUCAAAGAGUGGGUUGACUCUAUUCCAGGAAACAACCCAAUUAUCUUGAGUCAUGGGUCUCUUCUCACCAUUCCUAAUGGCGACACAGUCCAAUCAUUCUCGAUCGUCUUUCCUUUAAAAUCCUUGCCUUCUUCAGCACACAGUACCCAGCAACAGUCGUCUGAGGAAGCUAAAAAUCAGCCUGAACCUGAAGCAUUUAGCAUUAUGACCAAGCCGCAGAUAAGCCAACUCAAGGUCGAAAUUGGUCAACCACAAGGAGUCUCCCAUGUUUUCAAGAAAACCGUCAAUCAUCUUGCAGAUACCCCUGCCUCAUUGGGAGGUGUUUCACAAGUUUGCAGCAAGGCUGAAAAAUACCUGUUGGCAAGCUUGUCAAAACUUGAGUUGCGAGAUGCAUUGGCAGUCCCUAAUUUAGGGGGUGUAUUGCUUUGUGGUCCUCAUGGAUCAGGAAAAACAGUGGUUGCAAGAUCAAUCAUCCGUAAACUUUCAAAUAAUAUCAACACUCUAGCCUAUUGCUUGGAAAUUAACUGCGCCGAGUUUGCAGAGGACAGAAUAACGGUAUUGAUGACAAAAUUUCAGCAGUGGUUUGACACUGCAGCAUUUCAUUCGCCUAGCAUUCUCUUUCUUGAAGACUUGGAUCGACUGAUUCCUGCAGAAGUUGAACAUGCAGAUUCAUUUCGAUCGCGACAAAUUGCAGAAGUCUUUUUGCAGAUUGCAUCUCGGAUGUGUAAGCGAUUUGAUCGGAUCACGAUCGUAGCAACGGCUCAACAACAAGUUUCGGUUCAUCCUUCAUUGAUUACGUCCCAUCUGUUGAGUGAGAUCAUCCGGUUGACACCUCCAGGCAAAACGGAACGGAAAGAGAUGCUACAGAGUCUAAUGGAAACCGGGCCAGCCAUCUUGAAGCGGUCGUUGCCUCAUAUCGAUUUAGUCUCAGUAGCAUCAAAGACUGAAGGCUACUUGGCGGCAGAUCUGAAGGCGUUUCUUGAAAGAACAGUCCACGAGGGAGCAGUGCGCAAUAUUGCUGCACAGACACAAACACAUACGAUAACUCCUCAAAGCAGCGGUACUUUAUCUGAUGAGAAGAAUGAAACCAUUGAGUCAACCCUUUCUACAAGCCCAAACACAACUUUGCCAUCAUCAACAUCAACAUCCUCCUCCGAGAAUGACUUUAUAUUGACUCAGGCGGAUUUCUUGAAGGCCCAGGAAGGAUUUGUACCUAGCAGUCUUCGUGGAGUGAAACUUCAAAGCUCUGCAACCAGUUGGCUGGAUAUUGGUGGAUUGAACGAAACACGCAAGGUUCUAUUGGAAACAUUAGAAUGGCCUACAAAGUACUCAUCCAUUUUUUCUCAAUGUCCGCUUCGAUUGCGAUCAGGUUUACUACUCUUUGGUCAUCCUGGGUGUGGCAAGACCCUGUUGGCGUCUGCAGUGGCCAAGGAAUGUGGCUUGAAUUUCAUCUCUGUAAAGGGACCCGAGUUGUUGAACAAGUACAUCGGAGCCUCUGAGAAAUCUGUUCGAGAUCUUUUUGAGCGUGCACAGGCAGCUAAGCCCUGUGUGUUAUUCUUUGACGAAUUUGAUAGUAUUGCACCCAAGAGAGGACACGAUAGUACAGGUGUGACCGAUCGAGUGGUCAAUCAGAUGUUGACUCAAAUGGAUGGUGCAGAGGGGUUGGAUGGCGUGUAUGUCCUUGCAGCAACUUCUCGCCCAGACCUGAUUGAUCCUGCAUUGUUGCGCCCAGGUCGACUGGACAAGUCACUGUUAUGCGGCAUGCCCAAUGUGCAGGAUCGAUUCGAAAUUUUAACUUGCCUAGCCCGGAAAAUGGAGGUGGCUGAAGAUGUGGAUCUGAUGGAAGUGGCUCGUCGUACUGAGGGCCUCACAGGCGCUGAUCUACAAGCUGUACUCUAUAAUGCACAUCUAGAGGCCAUCCGAGUGGCGAUUGAGAAGGAUGAAGCUAUUAAGAGGGAGCGUCAAGAUAACAGUACGGGAACUGGUACGGAUGCAUCGCCGUCUGUCAUAGGAGGCUCAACAGGGACGACGAUAGAAAGAUCAGGAGGUAAUGAUGGGAAGGCUGUGCGCUUUGUAAGCUUGGGAGGAAGAGGUUUUGCUGGAGCUGGAAAGUCUGGAAAGAAAGCCAAUUUGACUCUGGCCGAACGUGGCCAAAUAUCUUCGCGCUUGGGGCUGAUUGCCAAGGGUAUGGAUGCUGCUCGUGAAGCAGGACGUGAUCACACAACAUCAACGGCAACAGCACCCAAAAGCUCACGUCCCAUUAUCACACGAGAGCAUUUGGAAGUUUCAAUGACCAACACGAGAUCAUCAAUCACACCUGAAGAAAGUCAACGACUUGAUCUUAUCUAUACCGAGUUCCUGGGCGAUCGAACUGGAGAAAUGUCGAAUGGCACAGGAAGUCAUGAGCUUGGGCAGAGGACUACUCUUGCAUAGAAUAAAAUAAUACUCGUUAUAAUUAAUAAUAAAGAUUCGAU